AUGGUCGAAUUCAAAGAUCUAGCUCGUGUGACCAUCUUUGGCUCGCGAGAGAAGAACGGUGUUUCCUUUGAGCCGGCACGAGACAUUCCAUCGCUGACAGGCAAAGUUAUACUCAUCACUGGAGGUUUGGGCGAUUUGGGACGGCGGGCCGCCAUCGAGCUUGCAAGACAUGGCCGCCCGGCACGGAUCUACAUUGCAGAUGUCCCCCGGAGCAGCGAAGCCAAGCAGGACAUUCUAGAUCAAAUAAAUCAAGAGGUGCGCGAGAUACCCGAGUCGAAUGUCUCCGAUGCCAAAACAGACACUGAAUUCCGGCUACUUGAUUUGGAUCUUACUUCGUUUGACAGUGUGAGGGCGUGCGCAGCCGAGUUUAAUGCCAUGGAACAGCGACUGGACAUCUUGCUAUUGAAUGCAGGCAUCAUACGUGUCGCCUUGGGCACCACGCGCGAGGGCUAUGAAGUCCAUUUCGGCCUCAACUACCUGGGACAUGCGCUGCUGUCCAAAUUAUUGCUCGCGACAAUGCUUAGGACAGCGGAGCAACAAACAGCUGCACGGCUAGUAGUCGUUUCUAGCGAGGGACACGCCAUGGUUCCGAAAAACGGCAUCCAGUUUGACAAGUUGAAGACAGAGUGCUCGCAAAUGUCAUACUUGCAUCGCUAUGGUCAGAGCAAGCUCGCCCUGAUUGCCCUUGUUAGGGAGCUCGGGCGCCGCCAUCCUCAACUGACGACCGCCGCAGUGCAUCCAGGCAGGAUAGCUGGGGCAAUGGGAUUGUCACUUGCCAAGGAGAGUCUUCUUGUGCGAUUGUCGGCACCAUUAGCACCAUUGAUUUGUGUACCCGUGCAAGUUGGGGUCAAGAACCACUUGUGGGCAGCAACAAGCCCAUUAGUGGUCAGCGGCAAGUACUAUGAGCCUGUUGGCGUACCUGAUCGCGAAAGCGCUUUGGCAAAGGACGACAAUCUCUCAAAGAGACUUUGGGAAUGGACAGAAACCGAAUUGGAAGGCAUCGCUUUGUAG